AUGGCGUCGGUGUAUCCGAGUGAUGAAUCCACUAAGCCACACAGUCGGCGGGGACAAAAUGAGACGAGGACUGAUCAGAGUCUGCUGGAACAUGUUGCUACCCCAUCAAGUCCCCCACACUAUUCCGCGCCCGGAAAUGGCCUUCCAUACAGUCAAGGGGCCCAGCCUCAUGUGGGCAGUCAUUCUUCAAUCAGCGGCGUAUGCAGCCCCACGAGCCCGUCCUUGAACGCCUUGUGCAAUCCUCAUUGGGACGAACAAGACCAGGGCCGAAAUGGAGGAACUAAACCUCCUUUUAUUGUCACUGGACUCAAUCAUCCAGAACCUCGGUUCGCUAUUUAUGCUCCUGGUUCUUAUGAGAAGAUUGCUCCCCCUAGCUACAUUGACCGAAGUUCGGCUCACGGAGGACCGAACACCCUUCCAACGCCCGCCAGCACCGUCGUCUCUGAAGGUGCUCCCUCCAAGAAUGGCCCGGGCCCUAAGAUAUGGACCGGGGCCUAUUUCUUGCCUCGAUUUGUGCGAGCCGCCGAAGUACCUGGCGAAGGAAUGUGCUACUUCUACGACGAUGGAAGCCACUGCAAAGUGGUCAUUGAUGGCGAAGCAGUUAAUGCGCAUUGGGGAGUUACCAAGGCAGGAAAGCCCCGGAAACGAUUUGCAAUUGCGUGUGUGACGUGUCGAGAGAAGAAGAUCAAAUGUGACCCAGAUUAUCCUCGCUGUGUCCAGUGCGAGAAGUUUGGCCGAAUCUGCAAGUUCAAGAAUGCGUUAGUCCAAAAACGGGGAGAGGAGGAACAAGAUGAUUCUGAUCAACAUGAUUCUCAAAGACCACGGAAAAGAAUCAGUUUGGGUCCUGCUGAGACUUCGAAGAAGUCGUUUGCAUGCCCUUAUUUGAAGAAAGACUCCAUUGAGUACCACGAGUGCUGUAUGAGGAGGCUGAACAGGAUCCGAGAUGUCAAACAGCAUCUAGCUAGGCGACACACACCCGAGAGGUAUUGCUCGAUGUGCUUUAAAACCUCCUUUGCGAAUCAGAGCAUUCUGCAAGACCACAUCAGCGACCGAUCGUGUACCAUUCAUGAUCCUUCGGUGCUUAAAGGAGUAUCGUACGACCAGCCUCAACAACUUUCGAAGAAAUCCGACUCCAAACUCACUGAAGAGGGCCAAUGGUUUGCAAUCUGGGAAAUUAUUUUUGCGGGAAGCCCAAAGCAGGCCUCGGCGUACAUUGAUGCCGGCCUUUCUGUCGAGAUGCGCCUCUUUAGUGAAUACAGCUAUACCCGAGGCCCAGCCAUGCUCAGUGAGGCGAUCCUGUCAAACCCAAACUGCUCGAAACAGGGAAUUACAGAAGAAGAGCGAUGGGGGGCACUGGAAUAA